GAGGGAUUUUGGCUUGGUCUCGUGGAUUUAGACGACGAUUUAAUUUUUGAAUAUGUGACUGGUGGGAGCGUGACUUACACGAGUUGGAAUACAGCUCCGAUCCCUGGUGAUGGCCAAUGUGUAUUGGAUGUAGAUGGUCUCUGGUUUAAUGCUCAAGUGUGAUGAUGUUGGAGCGCAGCACUCAUCUUUGUGUGAGAUCAUUACAGUUACUGUAGUAUCAGGUGAUCCACAUUUGACGACAUUUGACGGUCGUCCAUUUAGUUUUCAAGGCAUAUGCUGGCACACUCUAUUUAAAGACUGCUCGUCAUCAAAUCCUGCAUUUGAAGUAACAACAGAGUUUGAGCCCAGGGAAGACAGUACGUUUGAGCAUGUCAGAUCGCGAACUGUUUCUGUUAAUGUAACUGUUGGAAGUGAUUUUGCUAUCAUUAAUGGACUGGAUGUCGUUACAGGUAGAACAGAUGGACAUGUGACUGCAGCAAGGCCAAUACACGUUCUGGAAGAUGAUAAGACAGUCACACUGUCGUUUACUUCUAAGGAUACCACAUUCACGUUGUACUGGACCUUGAAGAAGCACAGCUUAAGAGUAUCUAUCUCUGGAUCUGAUUACCGUGGUCAUCUAUGUGGUCUUCUUGGUAAUGAUGAUGGUGAGCCUCUUAAUGACUUCAUAACACCUGGUGGUGCUGUAGUCCAUGAUGCUGCUGAGUUUGGAAAAAGCUGGCGAGUAGAGUGGAAAAAAUGUGAAUAAUGUGUAAGAAGAAGCUGACAUUAUAACAACUAUAUAAUGUGUUGUUUCAAUAUGUUUAUGGCUAUACAUUUCAUCGCAUUUAGUUUAACUGGAUUAUAUUUCCUAGAUGUUGCGCGUGUCAAAUUUUCAGAAAACAGGAGUAUUACAAGGCUUAGUGGGCACAUUCAACAUAAAUUUGGAAAUAAACGGUGAUAAUAUGGGUA